AUGUCUCGAAUCAAGUUUGAUCCACGAGUACUGGCAGAUAUAGCAUUCCUGAUAGGAGCCAGUGCCUCGAUAUAUUAUCUGUUCAGCCAUUUGAUGAGCCAGAUAGGAGAUGGUCCUCAUAGUGCAGAAGCUAAAAAGAAGGCAAAUGCGUCAUUACAACGACUCCAGGCAAGACACCCAGGACUAGAACUAGAGCUCGAUGAUUAUGAGCAGAUAAUAGUGGCUUCGGUGGUCACUCCAGCAGAGAUAAAAGUCCAGUUUAAGGAUGUGGGUGGUCUCGAGGACAUCAUAGACGAACUCCGUGAGAGUGUUUUGUAUCCAUUGACGGUGUAA